AUGGGGGUGCUGAAAGAGGCCAUCCAGGCUGCAGACCACCUGCGUGCCAUUGCAAGCCAACCUGCAUCCAAUUGUGCAUCGCUUGGGGAUGAGGCAGAAUCGCUGAAGGCUGUACUCAGCAUCAUAUCCACGAUGCACAGGACCAUUGAUUCUGAUCAGGGAGACAAGAUACAGGAGCUGCGGCAAGUAGUCAUUGUUGCCAGAGACCAGCUGCUUGAAGCUGUGAAGCUUGCAGAACAAGCAAACAGCGUGAGCUGGUUGAGGUACAUUCUCUCAAUCGAUGUUCUGUUCAGGAAUCCAGUUCAGAGCAUGGUGCAUGGCCUCAGCAAGACAAUCACAAGGCUGAAUGUUGCACAGUACAAUUGCAUACCAGCCAACUCACAAGAGCAGAAUGCCACAUCUGCUGGAGAUGCACCUGGAGAUGGGCCUGCUGUAUCCACACUCUUUGCAAGUUCAGAGAAUCCAGACAUGGGUAGUAAGGUGCCCAACACAAGCUACCACCAGGAGAUGAUGCGGUUUCUUGAGGUCCAACUGGAUGCAGCACGACAGUUUGACAGUUCGAGACUAAGGCACGAAGGGCUGGAAAAUGAAAUUGAAAAGGGAGAGCGGCUCAUUGAGAGGCACAAGAAUUUGGACAUUCGCACAUUUUACAAGACUGCAGAGGUCAGGAAGGGUGUGGGAAAUAUAUGCUCUAACCUCAAGCGCAUGCUGUGCGAUUUUCCAGAUGCCCCUGAGAUCGACGAUUACGUUCCUGAUGACAUCGUCACCCAGGACCGUGUGCACCUGUACCUGAUGCUUGAGUUUGUUUUCAGCAAGCCGCAAGGAGAUGGAAGGAAUCCUGCCAGAAGGUCAGCAGUCCAAAAGUGGUUGCCAGUGUGGACAAACAUAAAGGAUGAUCAUGAGGAAUGGCUGGAACACCUGCACGUUGUUGAUGCAGAAGAUAUCAAAUUUCUGGACAAGUUCAACAGUAAGGGACGCUCGAGUGACGUCUUCAAAGCUGAGGUGCAGGGAGAGCUCAGGGCAGUAAAGAGAGCAAAGGGUGAUGUUGAAGGAAGCACUGACUUUCGUCUGUUUGAGGAGUUUGCAGGCUUUUUCAGGGAGAUCACGGUUCAAGCGAAGUUGGAAGAAGAGUUUGCCGUCAAGGUUUUGGCAACUACCAGGCGCGGCUGGGUCAUAAUGGAGCUCGCGGACAGUGACCUGGGCAGGUUCUGCAUGGGAAGCCAUGUCCUGUCAUGGUCCCAGAAACUAGGGAUUCUCAAGAAGGCAGCCAGGGCCUUGAGCCAUGUUCACUCAAAAAAGAUCAUUCAUUGCGACAUAAAGAUGAGUAACUAUCUGAUCUUUGGAACCGAUCCUUCCUCAUGUGCUGUGAAGAUUGCCGACUUUGGAUUCAGCGUGGAGGACAGCCUGACAAGGAGCAAGACCAUCAGGGCCCCUGGGGGCACCUUUCACUACAUGGCUCCUGAGGCGUACCGUGGUCAGGCACUCACCAUGUCCUCCGACGUCUACAGCUUUGGCGUCAUCAUGUUUGCAGUGGUGACAGGUGUGCGGCCAUUUCGCAUGGACCCAGGCGAACUGGCGAGGAGCACUGAGGAAUUCAGUGUGCUGUCCCAGAAGCUCAAUGAGAGGGAGCCCUGCACAGUGCAUAAUCGUGAUUGCCCCAAGGAAAUGCUGCGCAUAAUGCAGGGAUGCAUUCGCAAUGACGCUGCAGCAAGGCCAACUAUGGAGAAUGUCUUGCACCACUUGGACAUCCUCCCACAGGACUGGGAAUACAAUGAGGUGGAAAGUCCAGGCACGUUGCUGUUGACAGUGGGAUCAGCCGUCCAUGAAGGGCUGGAUAAAUCACCAGGGGCUAACACUCAGAUGGAAUUCACUGAGCUUGUUGCACGCAUCAUCGACACUGCUGGGCAGGAAGGUUCACGAAUCAAGUACAACAGAUGCAGUUUGUCUUUCUUGUUGCGUCAAAUCCAUGUGGUGCAUCAGAAGGUGAACACAGGAGACCUUACUUCAGAGGAUGGGGAAGAGCGCUGGGGGAAAGGACAGCUGGUAAAGACACUGAAGAAUGCACUGCGACUAUUGGAGCAGCACACCCAGCCUUUCGACUUGCAGACCUUUUACUCGACCCAAGAAGCAAAGUACCUUGUGGAGCUAAUCUGCAGUGAGCUAAGGGAAGUAUUCCGCUCCUCUCACAUCAGCUUCAAAGUCGCCAUUGACUACAUCGUUCCUGAAGAAGAUGUCCUGUCUGAUCAGCACCACUUGGACCUGCAGUUCCGUUACCUGCUUGGAGACUUGGCCUCUUGUAGGCUGGAUAGCCUGUCGACAUCCUGGCCAGAUAUCCAAAUGCAAGAUUGGAAGCUUGUGAAGGAACGGCUACUACAGCAGCUAAGUGCUGUCAAUGUGAUCGAAGAAGAAGAUCUUGACGUGGGAGAUAGGAUUGGCCAUGGUGGCUUUGGCUCUGUGCAUGUAGCUGAAUGGAAGGGCAGUUCUGUGGCUGUCAAGAGACUCAAGUGCAAGGAUAGUGACACAGGAUUGGAGGAGCGUGCACGAUUUCUUUCAGAGUCUGCAGUCCAUGCUUCGAUGGCUCAUCCAAACAUUACCCCUGUGCUGGCUGUGACCAACACCGGAUCCAUGGUCAUGGAGCUUGCCAAGACCGAUCUCCAGCAGUGGUGCCUUUCAAAGGUCACUCCGAGCCUUCCGCAGAAACUCAAUGCCCUCACACAGGCAGCCAAGGGGCUAGCACACUUGCACAGCCAGGAUGUCAUCCAUCGUGACGUGAAGUCCACAAACUUCCUGGUCUUCGAGGGUGAAGAUGGCCAUCCAGUAAUCAGGCUGUCAGACUUUGGCACGGCUGCUGGCCAGACAGACUGCUGGAGAGCCACCCAAACCAUCAGGCAGCAGCCUGGCACAGAGCUGUACUUUGCUGCGGAGCUCUACGAUGGAGGAAGGCACAGCUUCAAGAGUGAUGUCUACAGCUUUGGGAUGGUAAUGAGUGAGGUUGUGUCGAGCACAAAACCCUUCAGCGGCGAUAACCAGUAUGCAGUGAUGACAAAGAAAUUGAAGGGUGCGAUGCCUACCCUCGACUAUGGUAGUCUUCCAGAGUGGUUGGCACAGCUGAUAGCCAGGUGUCUUUCUCGAGACCCUGCCGUGAGGCCUUCCAUGGCCGAAGUGCUGAGCGAGCUGGAAUCUCAUUUGUAG